GGCGGUUACUUUGACCAAUACUAGUGGAAAGGCGGGCGUAUGUAUGAUUGGCGGCUGUGUUUCUUCAAUGAAAACUGGGGGCGUGGGUGGGCGGAGCCGGAAGUAGAGGUUGACGAGAGGCCCCAGUCCGCUUGGGGCUGAAGGAAGGGGGAGGGAACUAGAGGAGGGGGUUAGCCGAGGCGGCGGCGGUGGCGGCGGCGCAGAGGCUGGUACGCGCUGGGCUGUGUGAGCCUCAUGGCGGAGGAAGAGAGCGACCAAGAGGCCGAACGCCUCGGAGAAGAGCUCGUGGCUAUUGUGGAGUCCCCGCCAGGCCCCGCGGGGCUUCGAGUUGCAGGCGGCGGUACUGGCGGCACAGGCGGCAGCAGCUGCGGUGGCGGCGUCGUGGGGAUCAGCAGUCGGGAUUACUGCCGACGCUUCUGUCAGGUGGUUGAAGAUUAUGCUGGAAGAUGGCAGGUCCCUUUGCCACAGCUUCAAGUUCUUCAGACUGCCCUUUGCUGUUUUACAUCAGCCAGUGCAUCAUUCCCGGAUGAAUGUGAGCACGUACAGUAUGUUUUGAGUAGUCUUGCUUUGAGUUUCUUUGAGUUGCUGCUGUUCUUCGGAAGAGAUGAGUUUUAUGAAGAACCCUUAAAGGAUAUUCUUGGAUCAUUUCAGGAAUGCCAGAAUCACCUCCGCAGAUAUGGAAAUGUGAAUCUGGAACUGGUGACUCGAAUCAUUAGAGAUGGUGGCCCAUGGGAAGAUCCAGUGUUGCAAGCUGUUCUUAAAGCCCAGCCAGCAUCUCAGGAGAUAGUGAACAAAUACUUAAGUUCUGAAAAUCCACUAUUCUUCGAACUACGUGCCAGAUACCUAAUUGCUUGUGAACGCAUACCUGAAGCAAUGGCUCUUAUUAAAUCUUGUAUAAAUCACCCAGACAUCAGCAAAGACUUAUAUUUCCAUCAAGCACUCUUCACAUGUCUAUUUAUGUCACCUGUAGAAGAUCAGCUAUUCCAGGAGCAUUUAUUGAAAACUGAUUGUAAGAGUGGAAUUGAUAUCAUCUGUAACACUGAAAAAGAAGGCAAAACUGUACUAGCCUUGCAACUCUGUGAAUCUUUUCUUAUUUCACAGCUCCAGAAUGGGGACAUGUAUUGUAUCUGGGAGUUGAUUUUCAUAUGGAGUAAACUUCAGCUUAAGUCUAACCCUUCAAAACAAGUUUUUGUAGAUCAAUGCUACCAGCUUUUAAGAACAGCAACUAAUGUGAGAGUCAUAUUUCCUUUCAUGAAAAUCAUUAAGGAUGAGGUUGAAGAAGAAGGCCUACAAAUUUGUGUUGAAAUAUGUGGUUGUGCUCUACAACUAGACCUUCAUGAUGAUCCCAAAACUAAAUGUCUGAUUUAUAAAACAAUUGCACAUUUUUUGCCAAAUGAUUUGGAGAUCCUCAGGAUUUGUGCACUCUCAAUAUUUUUUCUUGAGCGCUCUUUGGAAGCUUAUCAUACAGUGGAAGAACUUUAUAAACGUCCUGAUGAAGAAUAUAAUGAAGGCAUUAGUAGUGUUCAAAAUCGUGUUCGUUUUGAAUUACUUCCAAUUUUAAAAAAGGGAUUGUUUUUUGAUCCUGAAUUCUGGAACUUUGUAAUGAUUAAGAAAAACUGUGUAGCAUUACUGAGUGAUAAAUCAGCAAUUAGAUUUCUAAAUGAAAAUACACUGGAAAAUUCUACAGGUAAUCUAAGAAAGACAGUGGAACAGAAAGAUUUAGAUGAAGGGCUUGACUCUCUAACAGAUCAGAGCACUGGAGAGCUUGAUCCUGAUGAUAUAUCUGGAGCCCAACCUAAAGGCCAUGUUAAUACAAAGAAAAACCUUACAGCUCUUAAUGCUACUAAAGUAGAUCACAAUGUUCCAAGACAUCGGUGUAUGUUAUGUAACAAGGAAUUUCUAGGUGGUCACAUUGUAAGACAUGCCCAGGCUCAUCAGAAAAAGGGCAGUUUUUCCUGUGUAAUAUGUGGUAGGAAAUUUAGAAACAGAGGACUUAUGCAGAAGCAUUUAAAGAAUCAUGUUAAAAAAAUACAAAGACAACAAAUUGCUGCAGCUCAACAGGAGGAUCAAGAAAUUCCUGCUUUAGGAGAAAUAAGUUGUUACAAUUCUUUAAUUUCACUUGAAAAUGAGAAUUCUGAUAAUAAAGAUUUGGAAGUACAAACUAUUAAUACUUCCAGUGAUAGAAAUGAAGAAGUCAUCCCUGCACAUGUGGCUGAAUUCACUGAAAUUCCCAUAAGUGUAUCAGAAAAUGCUAUUGAAAACAUCACUGAAAAUGGCAGUACUGAUACUUACAUAAAUAAUCUAUUAGAGCCGCUACCUAUAUGUGAGGAUGACUAUGAGGAGGAAGAGGAUGAAGAAGGUGAUUUUGAAGAUGAUUAUGACCUGAAUCAAGAAACCUCAGUACUUCAUAAAAUCAAUGGAACUGUAUGCCAUCCAAAAGACAUAUAUGAUACAGAUCAAGAAGGAAACUUUAAGUGCCCUGCUUUUGGCUGUGUCAGGAUAUUUAAAAGAAUUGGAUUUCUAAAUAAACAUGCAAGGACUGUACAUCCAACUGACUUGAAUGUGCGGCAAACCGUAAUGAAGUGGAGCAAAGGAAAAUGCAAAUUUUGUCAAAGGCAGUUUGAAGAUUCUCAGCAUUUUAUAGAUCACCUUAAUAGACACAGCUACCCAAAUGUGUACUUUUGUUUGCAUUUUAAUUGCAAUGAGUCAUUUAAGCUGCCAUUCCAGCUUGCUCAACACACAAAAAGUCACAGGAUAUUUCAAGCUCAGUGUAGUUUCCCAGAAUGCCAUGAGCUUUUUGAAGAUCUUCCUCUGUUAUAUGAACAUGAAGCUCAGCAUUAUUUAAGUAAAACACCAGAAUCAUCUGCACAACCAAGUGAAGCAGUUGUUUGGGAUGUUCUUACAGACUCAAAUGCUAAUCAUCAGGAAAAAGACUCAUCUAGAAAUGAGAAACAAGCUACUAGUCUGCCAUUUUCUACUAGCAAAUCAAGGAAAGAUUCUACAGAACCAAAGACAUGUAUAGAAAGUAUGGAAAAGAAGACAGACAAUUUAGUUCAGAAUGGAAAUGAACAUUCUGAAGAUACUGUUUCUGAUAUAAGCUUGAUAGACCAAAAGAUGCCUGACAUAGAGCCAAAUUCUGAAAACAAUUGUAGUAUUAGUGAUUUAGUCAAUGGACACAGUGGAAUAGAACAGACACCUUUAGUUUCAUCAGAUCCUGCUUUGAAAACCAAUACAAAUAGAAUCAGGACAGAAAAUGGUUCCAUUUUACCCAGUGUUCUACCACAAGAACACAGUACCCCACCAGUAUCUCAGGCACCAUCCAAACCAAAUCCGACCAGUGAACAUACUUCAUAUGGCUUAAUUUUGUCAAAGCCAUAUGUCAGACCAUUGCCUCCCAGUUACCUUGAUGAACGGUACCUUAGUAUGCCAAAACGCAGAAAAUUUAUGACUGAUAGAAUAGAUGCCUAUUCUGAUCAAGAUAACAUUUGUAGAAAGUCAGUGAAAAGACUAAGAUGUGGCAAAUGCCUGACCACCUACUGUAAUGCAGAAGCACUUGAGGCUCACCUUGCACAAAAGAAAUGUCAGGCACUCUUUGGAUUUGAUUCAGAUGAUGAAAGUGCCUGAUAAAAAUGUUUGAGAAAGAUCUGUUGAUCAAGCAGUAGUGUGAAAAAAGCACUACAAGAAAAUGCAUCAUCAGUUUGCUAUUUCCCUGAUGGCCUUAAUUUUAGAGUGGUCUUGGAUUACUAAAGAUAAAGACAACGCACAUUGUCCAGAGUGAACUCACAGAGAUGUGCUGGGUUAGAUUUCAAAAGGGUUAUUUCAAAACUCCCAAAGUACCAGUUAUCCAGAAAACCACAUUUUAAAAAAAGUUUGUGAGAUUAAUAGCAGCAUGUUCAGUUUUGCUUAUGUGAAAAACAUAUUCAGGCAACUAGUCAAAGAGAAACAAGCUAUGGCCUUACAGAAAGGGAAAAGUUAAUCUGUUAUUUAAAAAAAAGGUGGGGUUGGUUUACAAUAAAGUAUUCUAUAAAUGGGAUUUGUUUUCUUGUCAUGCGUAAUCAGAUUAUGACCUUCCCUUCUGGUCAAACAUGGUUUAAGGAAUCACUGCUAUUUGUUUUAUUAUAAUUUAGAAACUGAUACACGAAAAUAAAACUUGGCUUAUCACCAUUCUGUGCAUAAUAUAUUGUAACUUGUUUCCAGAUGAUUGAAUAGAAAAGUAAAAAUUCAAUGAAUGGCAUGCUAGCAUUGAAACUUUAGAAACCAAAAGAAAACAAAACAGUAGUGCUUUAGUAGAACCUUCCAUGUUCCAUUCUUACAAUACCAGUGAAUUGUAGUAUUUAAAAGACAGCAGUGUCAAUUAAAUAGAAAAAAGUACCAGCAACUACUUUGGGGACAGAUUGGAGGAACCAAAGACCAUUCAAGGCUGUCUAGUUGAAGGAAAAUACUGAAUUACAAAUUGUUCAAUGUGAAUAAUGGUAUAAGCACACUGGGAUAUUUUUAUUUGUAAAUAGAGUAGUGUUAGGACAUUGCUUGAUGAUUCAUAGUAAGGUCCUAUAGACAUUGAUGUGAGUUAUGUAAGUACAGCCAUAUAAAAAUAACUGGCUGUAAGAAUUGUAAGCUAAGAAUCAGGUCAAGAAUUCAUUGGUUUUAUUCAGUUAGGAGAAUUAGUUAUAAAAUAAGCCAUACUACUUAUCUGUUCGUAUUUAUUAGUGAUGAAUUUGGUCUGAUUAGUAAUUUAUAUAUAUAUGAAAGGAAAUAUUUACACAAAAAUUUGCACAAGAAUACAGUAAGAUAUAUUGACACAUUUAUUUUCCUUAAUGACCAGUAAUUUUCCUAAGGAAGAUUUUAACUUAAUCGUCAAUAAAUUGUUAAGACAAAAAGUGUUAAAUACCCUCUCAGAUAUGUUCUGUUGGGUUGGCCAAAAAGUUCAUUUGUUUUUUCUGUAAGAUGGACCUAAGUAGUGCUUAGUUGUCUUUAACUUCAUUGGAAGGAAUUUUAUUAGAUUGUAUUGUGACAGCUGUCAUAUCAGCGUGCAUUUAAAAAAAAGGUAUCAAAAUUGGUGAAUUUUUGUAUUUCCAUUUAAAUAUUGAAGAUGGAAGAAAAUACACAUUUAAAGAUAACACAACUGAAAUUCAAAAAAGACUUGUGCGGUGUAUGGAGAAGGUGCUGUGACUGAUGGAAUGUGUCAAAGGUGGUUUGUGAAGUUGUGAAGUUUUGUGCUGGAUAUUUCUUGCCAAUGCUCCAUCAUUGGGUAAACCAGUUGAAAUUGAUAGUGAUCAAAUUGAGAUAUUAAGAACCACCAACAUCACUUCCAUGUGGAAGAUAGGUGAUGUACUCAAAAUAUCCAAAUUAAUAAAGUUACUGGUGAAGAUGAAAACUGUGUCAUUUUAUGGAAAAAACUAAAUGGACUUUCUGGCCAACCCAACACCUGUACAUUUUUUAAAAGAGGAAGGUUAAAAGACCUCCAUUUACCUAACAGUGUGUUAAUCUGUAGCAGGGAUAAAGUGAAUGAAAAUGUGAAGGCAGAUUCUUCAAAAACUGAGCUAAUAAUGUACGUGUCAACCAAAUAUUCCAGUAUUCCAGUGGACACAUUUUUGUUCAAAGUAGAUAGUCUCAUCAGAUCCUACUAUAUCCAAAUACUUUGAAUAUUAAAGCUUCUUGAAUGAAGUUACCAAGCAAGUGGGACAUUUCUUCUAGGGUACACCCAGAUUUUAUGAAAUUAGGAUUUUUAAGACAUGAUAGAUGAUUGACCAGACAUCUAAAAAGUUUCCCAAUUUUAUUAAGUUAUUUAUCAUGGACAUUCACUACUAUGCAGUCGUAGUGCAUACCAUUCCAAUAAAAUUUAGUGUUUGUUUUUUUUUUAAUGUAGCCUACAUUAGGCUGUGUGAUUUACUUUUAAAUAGCACAAGUACACACAAAUCAAUUAGAUUUUUUAAAUUCUUUAAGGUCAACUAAGUUUUCCAUACUCCCUGAGACUAAAAAUAUAAUGCUUGAGAUCUAUUUCAGUUUAGUCUAAAAUAAUCAUGCAAUAAAGUCUGUUUGGAAACUAGUUCAUUAGGAUGAUGAAGUUUUUUUCAAAUAUAAUUUCUGCUUCAUAUUCUGUAAGUUUAAAAUUGCAAAUUAAUAUUUUAACUUAUUUUUUAUAAGUUGAAACUAUCAUGCCUACAAAUUAUUUUUCAUUCAUUUUGCCAUUCAUACCAAGAUGUUUUAAACAUACACCAAAUGUUAUUUUUUUUGUCUUUAACUUGAAGUUUUAUUUCUACUUUUGUGUUGCUGAGGAAAAACCUUCUGAAAGACUGAGUUCAAAUUGGUUUAUACGUAUGUCAAGGAAUGUCUUAUAGAAUUCUGUUUGACUACAUUGUUCUAAUCUCUUAAUGUAUUUCUCAAAUAAUCGCUAUUGAAGAAUGUGUACACUUUGUGUAUGGUUUAUAAAGUAAACACAUCAUUCCAACAGUUCUAAUUUGGAAUCCAGAAGAAAAGGAAGCUUUCUUCUUCCUCAGUUUAUUUUCUACUCUUUUUUUGAGGAUAUGUUAUUUUACACUGACCAAGUUUCAAUCCUUUGUUUUUAAAUAUAAAAAAAAUGCCUUCAAAAUAUUAAAUACUUUCUGUUAUGUUUCAGUAAGGUCAAGAAAACAGCAAAUCUGAAUUUUUGCUGCUCAGAUAUUAUGGAGGAUGUAGAAAGGGGGAAUCUCCGUGGGUAAGGACACUGGUACUUUGGGCUUCAGCCAUAAUUUUUUUUUUAACUGUCAGUUAUAUAAUGACUAGAUAAUUUAUAACAUUGAACUUGUGAUUCUUCUUAAAUCACACAUGAAGGUUCAGCCUUUCAUGUUUGGUUUAAGCUGUUCUACGGAUUAAAAAUCUAAAAGGGAUAAUAGUGUUUAUUUUUUAAUUUAUUUGGUACUGUAAAACACCUUUUCAGAAUGACUAAAUGCUGCAUAUGCAUUUUGGAAUUGUUAAUAUGUGAAAGAUAAUUACAGGUUCAGCAAGAAAGGAAUUUGUGCUUCCUUGUUGAACAUUAUUUUACUUUGCAUUUUAUAAGAGUACAAAUUAAAACUGAGCCAUUGAUGCAAUAAGUCAACAAUAGUGUCUCAUUUCAAGAAAUUUUUUGUACUGUACAUAGAUUUGUUCAAUAAAACAUUGUCCUUAUUGGUAAUGAAGUGGU